AGUUUUAGUAAUGAUAUGGCAGACAUGUGCAAAUAAGCAUUAAUAUUCUAGGCACGCACCAACACACGCAUAUCUUGCUGAAAUAAGAAAGGCUGUAGGCAAGCCGAUGUUGUGCAGGCCCCAAGUCUUUGUCCCUAAAGACUCUGUCCUAAUGCUAAUCUAUAUAACUAAUCCUGGUUACAUCAAGUCUCUAAUUUGUAAAUGUGUUUUUAUGAGUUAGCAGAAUAGUGAGUAGCUUAAGAUAGCAUAGCAAAAGCCUCCUUCGUAUUGGUGUGUGCUGUGUGUGUGUGUGUGUGUGUGUGUGUGUAGACAUGCCCGAGCCAUGUUUGCUUUCAGGAGCUCAUAAAUCACCGCGUGUCAUGAAUGAGAAGGGCAUUGAAGAGACCAAUUGCAAUGUAGUAUGCACAAAUAAAAACCCUCUUACAACUUCAUAUGGGAUUCGCGAUUCGGGGCCAAAAAGGCCGAACCCUUUUAAGCGUUUGGUAAUAAUUCAUUUUUAUAGCUGUUUAAACAUAGCACGGCAGCAGAAAGCGUGGUAGUAAUAGCAUUUUGCCCCCGCUGCUCACUCAUUUCAAAGUAGACUCAUUCAAAACAGACAGCUCCAGGUCGAGCCAUGUUAGGCUCCUGAUACAUUUUCAACUUUUACAUUUUCUUUAAGUAGCUUGGAUGUCCUAAUGAACCACAAUGAACAUUUAUUGAAAUGUGAUUAGGCUAUUUGGUCACGAGACCAGUGAGAGAGUGUUUGUCUGUUCUCAAUGUGGAGAUAUAUUGGUAGGCUACUAUUCACCGAGAUGAAUAAUUAUUUCAUUUGAAAUUCUGAUAGUAUUUUGGAAAUUCUGAUGUAGGCCUAUAUCUUAAGCUACUCGUAGCAACACCAGAUGCAAUUUAGAACAACAUGCAUGAGUUAGUAGGAAUCCAUUCAAAAAUGUAGUCAACUGCCACGUUUUAGAAAUUGUAGGAAAGUGUACCUACUAGACCUAGAAAGUGUAUGAGGUGGAACUUAGACAAUUACUAAUUUGGUAGUAUUUUAGCUGAGCACUCGAUUGUGUCAUGCUUCUACGUAUGGAUGUUAUAUAUUUAUGCGUAUAGCUUAUAGGCCUAUCUAUUUUUGUACAGUUAAAGUUUGUACGUUAAUCGUUCCUCUCUAAAGAUAAUGUAACAAAAUAAUUCCGAGACAAUGCAUCUUUUCUCUUCCUAUACAUUUCGACCACGCACAAAGACCACUGGAGAAGUUUCACAGCCCGGCAAAGUUUCGACAGCUAGGGGACUAUCUGCGCCCACGCACUAUGCAUUGUGGGAAAGGAAAGCUGUCAAAAGAGGAUGGGACAAGAACGGGGGUUGGCUGGGGGGAUAUGGGGCCUAGUGGUAAUGUCAGUGGACCAAAGACAGCCCAGUAUGUUUAAAUUAGCAUUAUGCAGGAAGGUAGGCUGACUCUACUCCUGCAUGUAAAUACCCGGAAUUGCUCUUUUCAUCCAAUAGGGGCGCCAAUCCUACAUUUCCUUCUCAUCGCUGGUUCCACUUUUGUUGUGAAAGGCCAGAGGUUAUAUACUUGAUCUGAGAACUUGUAGAAUGAGAUGUCAGCAUUUGUAGAACAAAAUGUGUGUGUUUUCAUUUUCACAUGUAUACAAUAAUCACACUCGAGCGAGCUGAAUUUGAAGUAAAAAUAAAAAAACACAUGAGAGCUGUGAAAGACAAAACUUAAAGGUCUAUGUUGACAUUUUCAGGCCUACCAAAAAUAUUCACACACUUGUGUUCUGAAUGUGGAGUUCAAAAUAUUGACAAAUGUUUUAAUUGAUAUUUAGGCCUAAUAAAUGCAAUGACAGCUGCAAACCUGCAGCCUAAUCCAACAAUUAUAUAUGUAAAUCGUAAAAAUCAGUAAACUUUCAUCACAAUUGACAGGAUUACAACCUCUGGAUUCGGUUACUGAAACUUCACAAAUACGUGUGUGUAUACGUGUGAAUCUGUGUGUGUGUGUGUGUGUGUGUGGGGAGGGGGGGUUCGGAAAUCAGAAGCCGUUUUCCGGUUGGAUGCUGACGGUGACAGACGUAUUUUAGAUCCGCCAUGGCACAGCAGGUCACACCGUAUCUUCCCAAAUAUUUGUUUUGGUAGAUUAGUAGCCUACUGUGAUUAGAAACAAAAUUAACAGAAGCCACCAAAACCUCACAUUCCUUAUGAAGUAGCAAAUGAGAGUGAAUGCGCACUUUGGCUAGCCUUAACUAUGUAGACAGACAUGUAGCCUAUACCUAUCUAUCAUCAAUAGUAGGCCAGUCAGAUCAAUAUUCAGAUGCCUAUUGACAGCGCAAUUCCUAACAUACAUUUCUACAAAAGAUGUAUAUGAUGAGAUGAUGGACAUAACCAGCCGCGUCCGUGACGUAGUUAGCCAGUAAUUCAAGUUCACCUGUCACCUCCCCUUAAGUAGCUGCUUCCGCACGCAUGUGCCGCCUAGCAGCAGGAUCACUGUCCACGAUGUACAACUAUAUAGUUACCCAAAGAAAGCAAUGAGGUGGAUAGUCCACCCCCCCCCCCCGCCACACACAAACCGACAGACAGACAUAGAUACAUAUACAUACAUGUAUACAAACAUACAUACAUACAAAGGCUACACACCUCCAAAAGACAACCGUACCUGGUCAACGGUGAGGAUUGUUCUAGUGUCGAGUGUAAAACGUUGUACCCCGUAGACAUCCAAGCUGGUGUUAUAUGGUGCCUGUUUGGCUAUCUCAGCUCUCCAUGCGACCUCAUGGCCGUCCACUGCCGUCUGCUUCUCAGCUCAUUGUUUGCUCGACCAAUACAUUAGCACACACACGCGUCACCUUGAUCGACGAGCGCUCGGAAUUUAAAUACCCACUCAAACACCGAUCUGUCACCGCUAAGGGGAUCAGAACAAACACCUCACUGGCUGACCCGGGCCCACGUGACCGCAACUGUUCAUUGAUAUUGUCCCUUAGUGUCCCCCUCCCUCAUCUGAUAACAGAGUGACUCGGUAAAGGUUGGCACGGUCACCCAGGGUGAGAGAGAGGAGAGUCAUCACAAGGGGCCUGCUUUGGACGGUCCCUCAGUUCCACAGAGACGAUGCUAUAAUGAGCAGCUUCUUAGAUUACUCGGUGAUGAGCGGCGACGGCGGCUCAUGCUCUGUCAGGGCUUUCCACUCUGACCACGGAAUUACUACUUUCCAGUCGUGUGCUGUUACUGUUAAUAAUUGCAGUGGGGAUGAUCGCUUUAUGCCAAGCAGGGCUUCCCCUGAUGGCCUCCCUCAACAGCCCGGAUCCUACCAGUCCACACCCGGAUCUUUAAGUAUUGCAUAUGGGGCUCACCCGACCUGUGCCUCAGGAUACGGGCCCCAAGGUUUCUGUACUAGCUAUAAUCAUUACGCGCUAAACCAUGAAGUGGAAUCUGCGGGGUUCCCUCAGUGCGCCCCGUUAGUGUACUCCGGAAACAUCUCUUCUUCAAUGGUUCCACAGCAUCGUCAAGGUUACGGGGGCGCGUCUUUAGGUCAGCUCCAGUACUCACACGCCACUUACGGGGGCGGGCACGAGCAGGCAAACCUUGCCCCUUUUACAGGGUGCUCGAACCCGCUGUCCCCACUGCACACGACCCACCUGGACGCGUGCUGUUCACCCCUGUCCGAGGCAGCGUCCUCUGCACAGACCUUCGAUUGGAUGAAAGUUAAGAGAAACCCUCCCAAGACAGGACGGUCAGGGGAGUACGGCUUUGGGGGUCAGCCGAACACUGUCAGGACCAACUUUACCACCAAGCAGCUAACAGAGCUCGAGAAGGAGUUCCACUUCAACAAGUACCUGACCCGCGCCCGGCGCGUGGAAAUAGCUGCAGCACUGCAACUCAACGAGACUCAGGUCAAAAUCUGGUUCCAGAACCGUCGAAUGAAACAAAAGAAGCGUGAGAAGGAAGGGUUGUUGCCAACCAAAGCCCCUGCAUCCGACCCGGGUGAUAGCGAAAAAACAGAUGACGCGGGGUCAGAGAAGUCCCUCUCUACCCCAUGCACUCCGUCUCCUGCCGCAUCAACGACUUCCUCUGGGGCAGACCCAUAUUCCUCCAGCUAAAGAGCCCUAUUUGUCGAUAUAAAACCGGCCUGAAUAUACCAAAGAUGCGGUCCUACCAUAUCAGGCUGUAAGUCAUUUACUGAUUUGGUUCAACAAACCUAGUCAUGGGAUGACUAAUGCACUAUUUUGGACGUUAGAAGGGACUACGUGGUCAAUUUAUGUUGUUUUUAAAAAGCCAAGUACAAGGACAACUAUAGCCAGAAUGUGGUUUCAGUUGUUUAGAUUUCCUCCACAUCCACAUUGUCAUGGUGCACAGUGAUACCUCAUAUAUCUGAUGCUGUUUCUCUACAGAGCUGCACAAAUAAACGAAUGACUCAUAAGCAUCAAUAUAUUGUGUGACAUGGGUCACUGUUUUGUGUGCAAUACUGACGUAGACAAAUUGGCUGCACUGAAAAAUACAUUUUACCACCACGAUCAGCUGAAGUAACUCGUGUGUUCGUCAAUCCUUUUAAGGAAAUCCGUCGUGUUCAAUCGUGUGUUUCCCAUUUGUGUUUGUAUACCGUCGCGAGUGUCAAUCUGAGUGUAUUGUGUAAGGUUUGCAUGAUGCUGAACACUUUUAUGUAUGAGUGGACGCUGAGUUUUAUCAGUGUGGAGCGACCGAUGACAUGUAACCUACUGUGGUAAGCUUCUGUCUGUUACUAUUUAAUCAAAUUUUGAGCACAUAUAAAGUGUUUUUUUUGCGCGAUGUUUACGGGUCAAAUUAUAUGUAUUAAAGUGCUUUUGCCUCUGUGAGACCUGAGCAUGUACAUUCUUAUUGUGGUGCAAGUGUCCGGGGAGCCUGCCUCAACAAGUCAUUUGAUUCGUCAUGAAGUUUUGGGCCACAUCAGAGGAGAGACCUAGAUUGCUUUUAUACGUUAUGAGAGGCAAAUGCCAAGUAAAAUAUGAAGAGUAAACUGAAACAGAGAGAAGCAUGCUUAUUUCUGUGCCAUAGGCCUAUAUUUCUCGAUUUCGUCGGGAUCAUCCGUAGAUGGGACGGUUGUAAACGCCAUUUGAGAAUAACUAGAUUUACGUGGGCUAUGAACAGCAUGUACAUUUAUAAUGUAAACUAGGCCUAUGUGUGAACAAGUAGACUACAAGCCUUUGUUUUAACGGCAUAAUAACUGGAUACAACCACAUGAGCAUACUUUACGCAUAGCAGGACAAAGGCUGCCAAUGUAUGCAGCCGUGUGUACUCCAGUCCCAAGGGGUAGAACAUUAUUGGCAUAAUAAAGGUAUGUUUAUCCACGGAAGGGAUGAGAGCGUCAUUCGCGAUGACAACCUUAUCGAGUCAUUGGCUAAUUGAAAGGACAAAAAAGAAAGCCAUUGACUAAAACCUCCAGGGCAGGUUAUUGGCAAGUAAGAGCCGCCCUCUUCAUGUCAGUGUCGGUGUCAAGCGCCUCAAGGAACGUCGAGGUGUCAUCCCCACCUGACCAGGUCUUCCUGAGCAGAGACAAUCAGAAAGAUCCCAGAAUUUCCACCCCGUGAUAACUUUAUGUCAACGCAUCUCUUACACCCCAUGUCACUGUAACCUAUUCUGUCAUAGGCAUAUCUCCCCUUAACAUGCAGCGCUACAUGUAGGCCCAUGCAUGUGUCUUUCUAUUUUAUUGUGAUCCCUAUUGUUGCAUGAACUACAUAAUAGAAAAUAUUAUGAGCUAAUGCUUACGACUGAAAUAGCCUACUGUGAUGCUCGAACCUCUAAUCUACCUUCCAAAGUUACAUUCAAGGAUCAUGACCUUGACUGUGAUUCAAUCUCUCCUUCCACACUGCUUCUUAAACUGCUGAUAUAGGCCCUUUCACCCCCCAAAAAACGUUUCACUGCCUAUUUGUCUUUUAUGUUUUAUUCCUCGUGCACAGGAUUCGUCUCAACAUUACCAUGAAAGGAAACGCGAGACUGAGAUCCAGUGAUUAAUGACCUACUUUUACCUUGGAUCCACCUGCGCUGGCUGUUAUUGUAACCCGGGUCUGCUCGCUCGCAUUUCCGGACAGUUGUUCAAUGCAACAGCAGUGUCACGGGACAGUGUACUGUGUGUGAGGGUCAUGACCCACCUAAACUGUGACAAACACAUCGGACCGUCCUGCAACUGGAGGAGGAAUGUCUUCUCUUUCUUCUGUUGUGAGUUUUGCAGUCUCCCAAGUUUACUAUGCGAAAUGUUUUGUUACACCUGCAAACAUUUAUCCUCAAUAGGUCAUUGUGUAGAUGGCAAACUUGAAAUGUGUUGUUUAUCGUGGCAACCACAGAGAUUCAAACCACUAAGAGACCAGAAAUGAGUUCAAUUGACCUAGCAAACCCCCAUAACAUUCUUCCAGAGAGCCUCGCUCAAUCCGUGUCGGCUGCUCUGCAUGAAGCCCAUAAAAUACAACUGUUCAAGUCAUAAGCUAUGUGGGUAUUCGUGUCGGUGACUGGCUCUCGUCCUCUCUCUCCUUCUGGCUUGAGGCACUCUCUCCCCCUGAGCCCUGUCAGCACCAUUUGUGUGGAGAGGGGCGCUGAUUAGCGGAUGGGCCACAGCCGGCUCAUCAGUUGUGCAGCGAGUGGGAAACAUUCCUAUAACCACCUACAACCAGGCCAUGAGGCAACAUGGGCUUCUGUCCCUGGUGUUGGGAGGACUGGGAAGCCUCUGAAUCUCUGGGGAUGCCACGAUAUGGAUUCCUAUCCUAUCCCGUUACUUAACACCUGGCCACAUCUGUCAGCAGUAGGCCCACACAUCUGUCUGGUGAGACUAUAAGAACUCAACCAUGUGCAAAGCUGCAGCACUCCUAGUGAUUGUCGAGGAUGGAGAGAGGGUCAUUUCCCGGUCACUCGUUCAGGCUGCGUGAUGAAUGAAGAGGAGACACAGAAAGAGAGGCCAGGGGAGAAAACGAGGCUGGAGGCUUUCAAUAGGAACAUUUAAGCACUGGAGAAACCGUCCCCAUUUCAGGAAAGCUACUAUGCAAAUAAUGAAAGCCUCCCAGUUCGGCAUUCAUUUACAGUAUUAGAAGGAUGUAUUCACAGAACUAUGAAGCAUCACAUAAUUAAGCUGCCAUGACGCCUUGGCAAUGUUAGUUUUGGCUGGUUAUCUGAAGAGGAUGACGUUACUCCUUUCCUCCCCUCCCUCUUCUGUUCCCUUCUAGUUGGCCAAGAAGCUGUUCUGUUUUCUGGACUCCAGACCAAGAGGUCAAAGACAUCUGACUCAACGAGGAAGUAUCAGGAAGAAGUGGAAAGGAAGUACACACAUUUAACAGGAAGGACAUUUCUCUGAGGAGGCGAGUGAGAACGAGUCAAUUCACAGCACACCUCAUCU